AUGCGCAUGCGCGAAGCCACGAAGAAUGGAGGGGAUGAGGUAAAGCCCGGAGACGGCCAAAACCAAAACUGUGUCUGCAUUCUUGGUUAUGGAGUUGAAUUUACUAAUUUCAAAUGUGAAUCUGUCGAUAAAGACUUUUGCGAGAUCGAUAAAUGUUUUUUAAAAUCUGUUAACCGGACAUACAAAUACAGUUCCCUAAAAAUCAAGCUCUUAAGGAUUCCCGUAACCAAAGUUAAGAUCAAUUUUGCACUCUAUAAACGUUUCAAUGGGUACAAGCCAUUCCUCUACAAUAUAACACUAGACGCCUGCAAAUUUUUAGAAAAUCGAAACUCCAAUCCCGGUGCUAGUUACUUUUUUGAUAUCUGGGAGGACAUUUCCAAUAUGAACCACUCCUGCCCAUACAACCAUGACAUAGAAAUAGAGAAAAUGUCUACAGAGCACCUUAAUCACCAUAUAACCAAUAUUCUGCCAUUUCCGAAUGGAAGGUACAUGUUCGAAAUUCACUGGAAGGCUUACGACAUAAAACGAGCUGUAACUCAAUUAUAUUUAUCUUUUACGUGA